AUGGUGUACAGCUCUCUUGUUCAUGCUGCCGCUCAUCUCGCGCGGCGAGUCGCCAGCUAUGACGAGGAGCCAUGGACCGAGGAGCAAUGUGUGGGCCAUCCCAUCACACAUGAUGUUCACUAUCCUGGCCAGGGAGACACUGUUUAUACGGGUGAACAAAUUACUCUCUCAUGGCAGAGUGAUUUCAACGUGACUGGAAAGCUCACUCAGAAGUGGAGCGCCGAGAUCAGAGACUUUACCAACAUGAGCUUCCCUGAGGCUUGGAGAUACCAAAUCUUCUCCAACGUGACAUUCAACUAUCCAUCGGACGACUGGACGCUGUGGAACCGACAAUGCGAAGAGUACUGGACCUUGAUUGAACGCAACUGGACAAUCCCUGAGGAUCUCGACCUGAAAAGCGGCAAGUUUGCCGUGAUUUUCAGGAACGAAACAAAUCCAGCAAACAGAACAUCCGUCUUCAGCGAUCUGUUCUUUAUUGAAAACAACAAAACUUCGACAACGACAGCGCCUACGCAAACUGUGACCGUCACCAUCGCGACGCCGGCGGCGACGAAUGGAGGUUCAGAGACUACCGAAAGUACACCGGCGCCGACUAAUGAUGGGGGCCUCUCCUCGGGGGUGAAAACUGGCAUCAGCGUCGGCGUUGCGGCGCUGACGACUUUGUUGUUGCUUGGUCUUUAG